AUGAACCACAAAACAUUGACUCGCGAUCAUGGAUUUCCUAUUCGAGUCGUAGUACCAGGCUACAUUGGCGGUAGAUCAGUCAAAUACCUCAAAUCAAUUACUAUCCAAGAUUAUGAAUCCAUGUCGUAUUAUCAACGCAGAGAUUACAAGAUCUUACCAGAGAGUGUCUCUGAUGAAAAGCAAGCUGAUGCUUACUGGUGUAAAGUACCAUCCAUUGGAGAGUAUAAUGUGCAAUCCUAUGUCUGUAACCCAUCUGACGGCAUUCACGACGGAGCCAAAUCAAAUCAAACAGUGCAAGGCUACGCUCUAUCCGGAGGAGGAAGAUCUAUUCAACGAGUUGAUGUAUCAGGAGAUGAUGGAAAGACAUGGGCUACAGCUCAGUUAUACCAGCCUGCUGCAGAAGGAAACAACUGUAGAGUAUGGGGUUGGUGCUUGUGGUCUGUCACCAUUGCAACAAAGAGAAAUGUUAGAAUUGUCAGCAGAGCAGUUGACUCGUCUGGUAAUGUCCAGCAAGAAUACCCUGUUUGGAACUAUCGUGGAGUCAUGAAUAAUUCAUGGAGAACUGUUGACUCAAAUUCGAUGGAAAUGUCAAACAUUUAA